AGCUGCACUAUGACUGACUGGGGCUAUGACUAUCUGAUCAAGCUGCUGGCACUUGGAGACUCGAGUGUUGGAAAGACAACCUUCCUCUACAGGUACACCGACCACAAGUUCAACCGCAGGUUCACAACCACAGUAGGAAUCGACUUCAGGGAAAAGAGAGUGAUUUACACAGGGACAGGGGCUGAUGGGAUGACAGAAAAUAACUUCAGAAUCCACCUACAGCUGUGGGACACAGCAGGGCAAGAAAAGUUUCGAAGCCUCACCACAGCUUUCUUCAGAGAUGCCAGGGGUUUCCUGCUCAUGUUUGACUUGACCAAUCAACAAAGUUUCCUCAACGUCAGAAACUGGAUGAGUCAGCUCCAGGCAAACGCAUACUGUGAUAAUCCAGAUAUAGUGUUGGUGGGAAUGAAGGCAGACCUACGAAACUUGAGGGAUGUCCAUGGCAGACAGGCCAGGGAUCUGGUCGACAGAUACAGGUGAGGCAGACUUCAGAGGGGUGAGGCCCUAAAAAGUUUAGCAGAAAUAAUAAUAACUGCACGUGCUCUUGUAACAAAACAAAAAAAAAUAGAUAACUUUAAAAAACUCAUAACAAAGACUCGUAACAAAUAAAUAGAUCACAUAACGUAUCUAUCUCACAACUGAUCAAAACAGUUGACAAGGAUGUUGACAUCCAACCCCUGUUUACUGUUAUUAAUGGAAUCUUAAUACCACUUAAAUGUAAAUAGAAAAAAAAGUCAUUUUUUGUGGUAUUUAGGAAGAUUAAAAAGGAAUACAAAUGUAUGAAAACAUGCUGUGUAUAAAAAAUAAAUAAAUCAGGGUAUUUUCCAGUAGAUUCACUCAAUUACUACAGCAGAGUGCUAAUGAGGGUUUUUAAAUAAAGGUAUUCCGCUGCAUUGGGAUGUCAUGAAAUAAAUACGGGAUAAAGUUUAAGUUUUACUUUGAUGUAAUAAAAGUAUAUAUAUACUGUAUAUACAGUGGAUACGGAAAGUAUUCAGACCCCCUUAAAUUUUUCACCUUGUUAUAUUGCAGCCAUUUGCCAAGAUCAUUUAAGUUCAUUGUUUUCCUUAUUAAUGUACACACAGCACCCCAUAUUGACAGAAAAACAGAAUUGUUGACAUUUUUGCAGAUGUAUUAAAAAAGAACAACUGAAAUAUUCCAUGGUC